GAGUUGUAUCGCUCAAAUAAAAGAUUGAAGGAUGCUGUGACCCACUGCCAUGAGGCAGAGAGGAACAUAGCUUUGCGUUCAAGUUUAGAGUGGAAUUCAUGUGUUGUACAGACUCUUAAGGAAUAUCUGGAAUCUUUGCAAUGUUUGGAGUCUGAUAAAAGUAACUGGCAAGCAACAAAUGAAGACUUACUUCUGGCCUAUGCUAACCUUAUGUUUCUUACACUUUCCACUAGAGAUGUGCAGGAAAGUAGAGAAUUACUGGAAAGUUUUGAUAGUGCUCUUCAGUGUGUGAAAUCUGUGGAUGGAAAUGAUGAAUUGUCAGCUACUUUCUUAGAAAUGAAAGGACAUUUCUACAUGCAUGCUGGUUCCCUGCUUUUGAAGAUGGGUCAGCAUAAUGAUGUGCAGUGGCGAGCUCUGUCUGAGUUGGCUGCAUUGUGCUAUCUCAUAGCAUUUCAGGUUCCAAGACCAAAGAUUAAAUUAAUAAAAGGAGAAGCUGGACAAAAUCUGCUGGAAAUGAUGGCCUAUGAUCGUCUGAGCCAAUCAGGGCACAUGUUGCUAAACUUAAGUCGUGGCAAGCAAGAUUUUUUAAAAGAGGUUGUAGAAUCUUUUGCCAAUAAAAAUGGACAGUCUGCUUUAUAUGAUGCUCUGUUUUCUAGUCAGUCACCUAAGGAUAGAUCUUUCCUUGGUGGCGAUGAUAUUGGAAACAUUGAUGUACAAGCACCAGAGCUGGAUGACUUGGCUAGAUAUGAUGUCGGUGCCAUUCGAGCACAUAAUGGUAGUCUUCAGCACCUUACCUGGCUUGGCUUACAGUGGAAUUCAUUGCCUACCUUACCUGCAGUUCGAAAAUGGCUAAAACAAAUUUUUCACCAUUUGCCCCAGGAAACGUCAAGGCUUGAAACAAAUGCACCUGAAUCAAUAUGUAUUUUAGAUCUUGAAGUAUUUCUACUUGGAGUAAUAUAUACCAGCCACUUACAAUUAAAGGAGAAAUGUAAUUCUCACUACAGCUCCUAUCAGCCACGAUGCUUGCCACUUCCUGUGUGUAAACAGCUUUGUACAGAAAGACAGAAAUCUUGGUGGGAUGCAGUUUGUAGUCUAAUUCACAGAAAAGCAGUACCUGGAACCUCAGCAAAAUUGCGACUUCUAGUUCAGCAUGAAAUAAACACUCUAAGGGCCAAGGAAAAACAUGGCCUUCAACCUGCUCUGCUUGUUCAUUGGGCAAAAUGCCUUCAGAAAACGGGCAGCAGUCUUAAUUCUUUUUAUGAUCAGCGGGAAUACAUAGGCAGAAGUGUUCAUUAUUGGAAGAAAGUUUUACCAUUGUUGAAGAUGAUCAAAAAGAAGAGCAGUAUUCCUGAACCUACUGAUCCUCUGUUUAAACAUUUUCAUAGUGCAGACAUUCAGGUAUCUGAAAUUGGUGAAUAUGAAGAAGAUGCACACAUCACUUUUGCUAUAUUGGAUGCAGUUAAUGGAAAUAUAGAAGAUGCUAUGACUGCUUUUGAAUCUAUCAAAAACGUUGUUUCAUAUUGGAAUCUUGCCCUGAUUUUUCACAGGAAAGCAGAAGACAUUGAAAAUGAUGCCCUUUCUCUUGAAGAACAAGAAGAAUGCAAAAAUUAUUUGAGAAAGACCAGAGACUACCUAAUAAAGAUUGUAGAUGACAGUGAUUCAAAUCUUGCAGUGGUCAGGAAAUUGCCUGUGCCCCUGGAAUCUGUAAAAGAGAUGCUUAGUUCAGUCAUGCAGGAACUCGAAGACUAUAGUGAAGGAGGUCCUCUUUAUAAAAAUGGUUCUUUGCGAAAUGCAGAUUCAGAGAUAAAACAUUCUACACCAUCUCCCACCAAAUAUUCUCUAUCACCAAACAAAAGUUACAAGUAUUCUCCGAAAACUCCACCUCAGUGGGCAGAAGAUCAAAAUUCUUUACUGAAAAUGAUCUGCCAACAAGUAGAGGCCAUUAAGAAAGAAAUGCAGGAGUUGAAACUAAAUAGCAGUAACUCAGCAUCUCCUCAUCGUUGGCCAACAGAGAAUUAUGGACCAGACCCAGUGCCUGAUGGAUAUCAGGGAUCACAGACUUUUCAUGGGGCUCCACUAACAGUUGCAACUACUGGCCCUUCAGUAUAUUAUAGUCAGUCACCAGCAUAUAAUUCCCAGUAUCUUCUCAGACCAGCAGCUAAUGUUACUCCCACAAAGGGUCCAGUUUAUGGCAUGAACAGGCUUCCACCCCAGCAGCAUAUUUAUGGCUAUUCACAACAGAUGCACACACCACCCAUGCAAAGCUCUUCUGCUUGUAUGUUUUCUCAGGAGAUGUAUGCUCCUCCUCCGUUGCGUUUUGACUCUCCUGCAACAGGAAUUCUAUCACCCAGGGGUGAUGAUUACUUUAAUUACAAUGUUCAGCAGACAAGCACAAAUCCACCUUUGCCAGAACCAGGAUAUUUCACAAAACCUCCAGUUGCAGCUCAUGCUUCAAGAUCUGCAGAAUCUAAGGUUAUAGAAUUUGGAAAAACUAAUUUUGUUCAGCCCAUGCCAAGCGAAGGAAUAAGGCCAUCUUUGACAACACCAGCACAUACAACACAGCCAACUCCUUUUAAAUUUAACUCAAACUUCAAAUCAAAUGAUGGUGACUUCACAUUUUCCUCACCGCAGGUUGUGACGCAGCCCCCUUCUACGGCUUACAGUAAUAGUGAAAGCCUUUUAGGUCUCCUGACGUCAGAUAAACCUUUGCAAGGAGAUGGCUAUAGUGGAGCAAAACCAAUUCCUGGCCAAACCAUUGGGCCUCGAAAUACAUUUAAUUUUGGAAGCAAAAAUGUGUCUGGAAUUUCAUUUACAGAAAUGGGGCCAAAUCUGCAAAAGAAUUCUGGUUUUCGUCGAAGUGAUGAUAUGUUUACUUUCCAUGGUCCUGGGAAAUCAGUAUUUGGAACACCCACUCCAGAACUGGCAAACAAGAAUCAUGAAACAGAUGGAGGAAGUGCCCAUGGGGAUGAUGAUGAUGAUGGCCCUCACUUUGAGCCUGUGGUACCUCUUCCUGAUAAGAUUGAAGUAAAAACUGGUGAGGAAGAUGAAGAAGAAUUAUUUUGCAAUCGUGCAAAAUUGUUCCGUUUUGAUGGAGAAUCCAAAGAAUGGAAGGAACGUGGGAUUGGCAAUGUAAAAAUACUAAGGCAUAAAACAUCUGGUAAAAUUCGCCUUCUAAUGAGACGAGAGCAAGUAUUGAAAAUCUGUGCAAAUCAUUACAUCAGUGCUGAUAUGAAACUGACACCAAAUGCUGGGUCAGACAGAUCUUUUGUAUGGCAUGCCCUUGACUAUGCAGAUGAGUUGCCAAAACCAGAACAACUUGCUAUUAGAUUCAAAACUCCUGAGGAAGCAGCACUUUUUAAGUGCAAGUUUGAAGAGGCCCAGAGCAUUUUAAAAGCCUCAGGAACAAAUGAAGCCACAGCACCAAAUCAGACUAUCAGGACUGUGAAAGAACCCACAAGUCAUGAUAGUAAAGAUAUUUGCAAAUCUGAUGCUGGAAACAUGAAUUUUGAAUUUCAAGUUGCAAAGAAAGAAGGCUCUUGGUGGCAUUGUAACAGCUGCUCUUUAAAGAAUGCUGCAGCUGCUAAGAAAUGUGUAUCAUGCGAAAAUCUAAACCCAAGCAAUAAAGAGCUCCUUGGCCCACCAUUAGUAGAAACUGUUUCUCCUGUUAAAACUGGCCCAGAAAAUGUUCAAGAUAGAUUUGUGUUGACACCAAAGAAAGAAGGUCACUGGGAUUGUAACACUUGUUUAGUAAGAAAUGAACCUACUGUAUCUAGGUGCAUUUCAUGCCAGAGUACAAAGUCUGCUAACAAAAGUGGGACUUCAUUUGUUCAUCAGCCUUCCUUUAAAUUUGGCCAGGGAGAUCUUCCCAAGUCUGUUAACAGUGAUUUCAGAUCUGUUUUUUCUACAAAGGAAGGACAGAGUGUUUGCAGUUCAUGUACAGUGCAAAAUGAAGGAAACACUACAAAAUGUGUUGCCUGUCAGAAUACAGGUAAACCAAGUUCAUCUACUUCUGCUGUUCCAGCUCCUGCCUCUUUUAAGUUUGGUGCUUCAGAGAUAAGCAAGGCUCCGAAGAGUGGAUUUGAAGGCAUGUUCACCAAAAAGGAAGGACAGUGGGAUUGUAGUGUUUGCUUUGUACGAAAUGAGAGUUCUUCCUUAAAAUGUGUGGCUUGUGAUGCCUCAAAGCCAACUCAUAAACCUAUUGCAGAAGCUCCUUCAGCUUUCACAUUGGGCUCAAAAACGAAGUUAAAUAACUCUUCUGGAAGUCAGUUGGGAACAGGAUUUAAAAGUAACUUUUCAGAAAAAGCUUUUAAAUUUGGCAGUACAGAGCAAGGAUUUAAAUUUGGGCAUGUGGAUCAAGAAAAUUCACCUUCGUUUACAUUUCAGGGUUCAUCUAAUACAGAAUCUAAGUCAAAAGAAGGAUUUAGUUUUUCCAUCCCUGCAUCUGCUGAUGGAUUUAAAUUUGGCAUUCAGGAACCAGGAAAUCAAGAGAAGAAGAGUGAAAAGCACCUUGAAAAUGACACUGGUGUCGAGGCUCAGGAUGUUAGUAGCCAGAAGAAUGGUAGUAGUGUGAUUUUUGGUCAAACAGGUAAUACUUUUACUUUUGCAGAUCUUGCAAAAUCAACUUCAGGAGAAGGAUUUCAAUUUGGCAAAAAAGACCCUAAUUUCAAGGGAUUUUCAGGUGCUGGGGAAAGAUUAUUCUCAUCACAAAGUGGUAAAAGGUCUGAUAAAGCCAACACUUCUUCUGACCUUGAGAAAGACGAUGAUGCCUAUAAGACAGAAGACAGUGAUGACAUCCAUUUUGAACCAGUAGUUCAAAUGCCUGAAAAAGUAGAACUUGUAACAGGAGAAGAAGAUGAAAAAGUUCUGUAUUCACAGCGGGUAAAAUUAUUUAGGUUUGAUGCUGAAAUAAGUCAGUGGAAAGAAAGGGGUUUGGGGAACUUAAAAAUUCUCAAAAAUGAGGUCAAUGGCAAACUAAGAAUGCUGAUGAGAAGAGAACAAGUACUAAAAGUGUGUGCUAAUCACUGGAUAACGACGACGAUGAACCUGAAACCUCUCUCUGGAUCAGACAGAGCAUGGAUGUGGUUAGCUAGUGAUUUCUCUGAUGGUGAUGCCAAGCUAGAGCAGCUGGCGGCAAAAUUUAAAACACCAGAGUUGGCUGAAGAAUUCAAGCAGAAAUUUGAGGAAUGCCAGCGACUUCUAUUAGAUAUACCACUUCAAACUCCCCAUAAACUUGUAGAUACUGGCAGAGCUGCCAAGUUAAUACAGAGAGCUGAAGAAAUGAAGAGUGGACUGAAAGAUUUCAAAACAUUUUUGACAAAUGAUCAAACAAAAGUCACUGAUGAAGAGAGUAAGAGUUCAGGUGCAGUUGCUGCCAGUGCAUUAGACACAACAGUCAAGCCAAAUCCCGAACACCCUGGGCCCACAUUAGAAUGGGAUAACUGUGACUUAAGGGAAGACACUUUGGAUGACAGUGUGAGUAGUAGCUCAGUACAUGCUUCUCCAUUGGCAAGCAGCCCUGUGAGAAAAAAUCUCUUCCGCUUUGGUGAGUCAACAACAGGAUUUAACUUUAGUUUUAAAUCUGCUUUGAGUCCAUCUAAGUCUCCUGCCAAGUUGAAUCAGAGUGGGACUUCAGUUGGCACCGAUGAAGAAUCUGAUGUUACUCAGGAAGAAGAGAAAGAUGGACAGUACUUUGAACCAGUUGUACCUUUACCUGAUCUAGUUGAAGUAUCCAGUGGUGAGGAAAAUGAACAAGUUGUUUUUAGUCACAGAGCAAAACUUUAUAGGUAUGAUAGAGAUGUUGGUCAGUGGAAGGAAAGGGGCAUUGGCGAUAUAAAGAUUUUACAGAAUUAUGAUAAUAAGCAAGUUCGCAUAGUGAUGAGGAGGGACCAGGUAUUAAAACUUUGUGCCAAUCACAGAAUAACUCCAGACAUGACUUUGCAAAAUAUGAAAGGGACAGAAAGAGUUUGGGUAUGGACUGCUUGCGAUUUUGCAGAUGGAGAAAGAAAAGUAGAACAUUUAGCUGUCCGUUUUAAACUACAGGAUGUUGCAGACUCAUUUAAGAAAAUUUUUGAUGAAGCAAAAACAGCCCAAGAAAAAGAUUCUUUGAUAACACCUCAUGUUUCUUGUUCAAGCACUCCCAGAGAGUCACCAUGUGGCAAAAUUGCCGUAGCUGUAUUAGAAGAAACCACAAGAGAGAGGACAGACUUAAUUCAGGGUGAGGACGUAGCAGAUGCAGCUUCAGAAGCUGGAGAAGUGUCUAGCAUGUCUGAAACAACAACAAAAGCAGUGGUUUCUCCUCCGAAGUUUGUGUUUGGUUCAGAGUCUGUUAAAACCAUUUUUAGUAGUGAAAAAUCAAAACCAUUUGCAUUUGGCAACAGUUCAGCCACUGGGUCUUUGUUUGGAUUUAGUUUUAAUGCACCUUUGAAAAAUAACAAUAGUGAAACUAGUUCAGUAGUCCAGAGUGGAUCUGAAAGAAAAGUAGAACCUAACAAGUGCGCACUGUCAAAGAACUCUGGUACCAAACAAUCUUCAGAUGGCAAAGUCAAAAAUCUUUUUUCUUCUUUUCCAAAAGAAGAGUCUUCAAGUGAUUACACAUUUAAAACUCCAGAAAAGGCAAAAGAGAAGGAAAAACCUGAAGAUCCUCCCUCAGAUGAUGAUGUUCUUAUUGUAUAUGAACUAACCCCGACUCCUGAGCAAAAAGCCCUUGCAGCCAAACUUAAACUUCCUCCAACUUUCUUCUGCUAUAAGAAUAGACCAGAUUAUGUUAGUGAAGAAGAGGAGGAUGAUGAAGAUUUUGAAACAGCUGUCAAGAAACUUAAUGGAAAACUCUAUCUGGAUGACUCAGGAAAAUGUAGGCCAUUGGAAGAAAAUCUGCCAGGUAAUGAGAAAGAAUGUAUUAUUGUUUGGGAAAAGAAACCGACAGUUGAAGAGAAGGCAAAAGCAGAUACAUUAAAGCUUCCACCUACAUUUUUUUGUGGAGUCUGCAGUGAUACAGAUGAGGAAAACGGAAAUGGGGAAGACUUUCAUUCAGACCUUCAAAAAGUUCAGGAAGCUCAAAAAUCCCAGAGGGAGGAAAUAACUAGCACAGCCACCAGUGUGUAUUCAGGUGGGACUGAAGUGACCAUACCUUUUUUCUGUAAAUCUGAAGAACCUGAUUCUAUUGCCAAAUCUGUUUGUUCACCACCUAUUUCAUCUGGAACUGAGGACAAACCUGUAGAUUUGUCUACUAGAAAGGAAACUGAUGCAGAUUCUACAAGCCAAGUGGAAAGCAAAGCAGUUUCAUUUGGAUUUGGAAAUAGCACAGGGCUGUCAUUUGCAGACUUGGCUUCCAGUAAUUCUGGGGAUUUUGCUUUUGGUUCUAAAGAUAAGAAUUUCCAGUGGGCAAAUACUGGAGCAACUGUGUUUGGAACACAGUCAGCCAGUAAAGUUGGUGAAGAUGACGAUGGUAGUGAUGAAGAAGUAGUUCAUAAUGAAGAUAUCCAUUUUGAACCAAUAGUAUCAUUACCAGAGGUAGAAGUAAAAUCUGGAGAAGAAGAUGAAGAAAUUUUGUUUAAAGAGAGAGCCAAACUUUAUAGAUGGGAUCGAGAUGUCAGUCAGUGGAAGGAACGUGGUAUUGGAGAUAUAAAGAUUCUCUGGCAUACAAUGAAGAACUAUUAUCGGAUCCUAAUGAGAAGAGACCAGGUCUUUAAAGUGUGUGCAAACCAUGUUAUUACCAAAACAAUGGAGUUAAAACCGUUGAAUGUUUCAAAUAAUGCUUUAGUUUGGACUGCCUCAGAUUAUGCUGAUGGAGAAGCAAAAGUGGAACAGCUUGCAGUGAGAUUUAAAACUAAAGAAAUGGCUGAUUGUUUUAAGAAAAAAUUUGAAGAAUGUCAACAGAAUUUGUUGAAACUACAGAAAGGACAGGUGUCAUUGACAGCAGAAUUAUCAAAGGAGACCAAUCCUGUGGUGUUUUUUGAUGUUUGCGCGGAUGGUGAACCUCUAGGGCGUAUAACCAUGGAAUUAUUUUCAAACAUCGUUCCUCAGACUGCUGAGAACUUCAGAGCACUGUGUACUGGAGAGAAAGGCUUUGGUUUCAAGAACUCCAUUUUUCACAGAGUGAUUCCAGAUUUUGUUUGCCAAGGGGGAGAUAUCACCAAACAUGAUGGAACAGGAGGAAAGUCCAUUUAUGGAGAUAAAUUUGAAGAUGAAAAUUUUGAUGUGAAACAUACUGGUCCUGGCUUACUAUCCAUGGCCAAUCGAGGCCGGGAUACCAAUAAUUCUCAAUUUUUUAUAACACUGAAAAAAGCAGAACAUUUGGACUUUAAGCAUGUAGUAUUCGGUUAUGUUAAGGAUGGCAUGGAUACUGUGAAAAAGAUUGAAUCAUUUGGUUCUCCUAAAGGGUCUGUUAGUCGAAGAAUUAGUAUCAUAGAAUGUGGACAGACAUAAAAUCAUUGUUUUUUGUAGUAAAUUUUAUCUGUAUAAGUGGUUGAAUUGAAGCUUAGUUAUAGACAAUAUGAUGAUUAUGUUCAGCUUUUGAAAACGGACAUUUCUGAUGUAUAAAUGUAAAAUUGCAGCUUAUAGCUGUUCUCACUUUGUAAUGUG